AUGAAGUUCCUAUCAGCGUCGAUAGUCCUGCUAGUGCUAGGCGUGGCCGCCACGCAGGCGACCAUUACGAGCCUCAAAGAUAUCAACUGGGCGGAGGUGCGUCCAGUGCAGGAGAGUCCCCAGUUCAAGGCCAAUCGGGCGUCCAGCUUUGUCGAUCGCUUUUUGGCGAACAUCGAGCCAGUGCAGGCCCUACCACCGCCCGUUAAGAGCUCACGCAUCAACAAUGGCGUCGUCGUCGGCCCAACCGAUGUGCCGUACAUCGUAGGUGUUCUGGUUUCCGUGGUCCAUGGCACGUACUUCUGUGGCGGUGUGCUGGUAUCCCGCACGCAUGUUCUUACGUCGGGAACGUGCGUCGAGGGGCAUUCAUCGAUCACGGUUCUGCUCGGUGCCAGCGAUAUCACGCGGGCUCAGGACUUCGUUCUCGUAGAACAUGUGCGAGUACAUCCCGAUUUCAGUUCGUUCUUCCAGUCGAACGAUCUUGCCAUCCUGACCUUAAGCCGCGCACCACGAUUCGGCGAUCAAAUUCAAGUAGCACGUCUUCCGCGCCGUUCCCAGGUCGGGGAGUCGUUCAACAGCGUUUGGACCACGAUUAGCGGCUGGGGAGAGACGGCAUCCAACACCGGUGAGGCACUGCCGAUGCAGCAGCUACGUUCAGUUCGCUCCCAAGUCAUCUCCAACUUUAGCUGCACGAUCAGUUUCCCGCUGUACCUGCGCUCCUCGAAUGUUUGCACGUCCUCCGAUGGAGGCGCUCCUUGUGUGGGUGACGAAGGUGGUCCAGUAACGGUUGUUGAAGGCGAUGGACAGUCGACGGUGAUCGCUAUCCACUCUUACACGUACUCGCGCGGAUGUACGCGCAGCUGGCCGGCGGUUCAUACCCGUGUCACCGAUUACCUCAACUGGAUCGAGAUCUACACCGGCGCUAAUAUUCGUGCAUAA